GAACUUUUUAAAGACUCUUCAAACCAUCUGAAUGGAAAAAAAUCAACCGCAUAAUUAGGUCCGCUCUAACUCUCUCUUCCAGUCAGCUGUGAGAUUAGUCAGUCUACUCACUGUACUGUACUGCUGACUGCACCGGAGCAGAUCUCUGAGGCACAAGGCGGAGAAGCAUCAUGAAUGAUAACACCCAGGACGAAGAGGUGCUGAAGCGGAUUGAGAGGGAGGUGCGAAUGCGGGAGGGGGCCAGUAAGCUAUUGGCAGCUUGUUCCAGGAGAGAGCAGGCCCUGGAGGCCUCCAAGAGUCUGCUAACCUGCAACGCCCGCAUCCUGGCUCUGCUCAGCCAACUGCAGAGGAUGAGGAAAGCUCAAGUGCUGCAGAGAGCAGGACGCAGGCCCUCUGAAGUUAUAGUGCCAUGUUUGGGGAAAGUGGCCAUUUCAGACCUUCGUAUCCCGCUGAUGUGGAAGGACUCAGAGUACUUCAAGAACAAAGGAGAGCUCCAUCGCUGUGCUGUGUUCUGCCUGCUUCAGUGUGGCACAGAGAUCCAUGACACCGAUCUGGUGAUGGUAGACAGGACUUUAACUGACAUCUGCUUUGAAGACACCAUCAUAUUCAAUGAGGCCAGCCCAGAGUUUCAGCUUCGUGUUGAACUGUACAGCAGUUGUGUGGUGGUGGAGGAUUUCUUCCCGGGGGCUCUAGGACCCAGGAGGCUGAGCCGUCUUGGGGGCUCUCUGGGACGCUCCUCGGGGAGAAAGAUCCGUGCUGCGUUUGAGUCUGCAACUGUUUGUGGAUCCAGUGGAGGAGAUGAAAGAUCUGGACGGGUGUCACCACCUUCAUCCCCUGACUUAUCUACUCUGGGGCCUAAGUAUAACCUGCUGGCGCACACAACACUGAGAAUCGAACAUGUCCAGGGAAGUUUCAAGACACAUGAUUUGUUACUAGAAGCAACAGAGGAUAGUCCAUUCUGGUUGCCUCUAUAUGGCAAUAUGUGCUGCCGCCUAGUUGCUCAGCCUCUCUGCAUGAUUGAACCAGUCAUAAGUGGCCAACUCAAGGUUAUGCUCGGAGAGGACCUUAAUUGCUGGCAAAAUGUCUAUGGUGUCCUCAAGGGCCAAAGUCUUCUCUGCUAUCAGUGUCAAGAAGAGCUGGAGUCUGAGGACGAGCCGUUACUUGUAAUCCACCUCAAAAAGGAUACCCUCGUCUGUUUGUCAGAGACAGAUCCCGUCCGUUGCCAGAGUUUGUACAUCAGCACACGGCACCAAGGACAGGAUGUAACCUACACGCUGACCGCGCACACACCUGAAGACACGCAGCGGUGGACUGUAGCCCUCUGGCAGCACGUCUAUAACAUGAGCCAGUGGAAACAAUGUUGCGAUCACCUCAUGAAGAUUGAAACGCUGAGACCCAGGAAACCCAUUACAGUGAAGCAGGGAUCGCUCUACCAUGAAAUAGUAUCACCGUCCUCUCCUGGAGAAGGCUUCGUGGUUCCGGAUUUAUCCGUUGAGAUCCGCACUUUGCUCUCUUCCUACUACAAGGAAAGUUAUUGAUGACCUUGCUGCUAGUUUCACCAGUGUGGCGAGGACCCGUCCUUUCCAUUCGUGGUUACUACGCCUGGUCAUGGACGUGAACAUGGAUAUGAUAAAUGGUGCUAUUUCGA